CAACUGUGUGCGCAGUACCUUAAGCAUCCCGCGCUUUUUCAUCAGUCAUUUGGAAAAAACUGACAAUUAAAUGCAUUAAAUGUUUAUUUGUUGUUUAUUUUCUAUUUGAAAAAUUUAAUAAUCUUUUCUUGUAUUUAAUAAUGGAUAAUUCAGUGGAAAAUUCAGAAAAUCUCUGGCCUGAGGAAUUUGCGGAACUUAAAACUAUUGAAGAAUCGUUAACAUGUGGAAUAUGCUACGAAUAUAUGCAAACAGCAGUGAUGACUCCUUGUUCACACAAUUAUUGCACCCUGUGCAUAAGGAGAUAUCUCAAUUUCAAAAACGAGUGUCCCGCUUGUUUCAAUCAAGUUCAUGACACCGAUCUCCGAGUGAAUAGAAGUUUGGAUAAUAUUAAACAAAGUUUUUUAAAGGUACGCGAGAAUUUGAAAUUAUGCAUGAAAGGACUUCCAACGAGACCGUCACUCGAACGUCGAGGGACAACAGAAAAUCUAUCACCAGUAAAAUCUCGACUCAAUCAAGUAAUGUCCACUCCAAAAUCAAUUUGCAAAAGUCCCAGUAAUUUUAGAAAUGAAGAUGCCACAACACCUGUUCGGGCAAAUCGAAUAAAUCAAAUGGGCGCAGCAAGUCCUCAAACACCAUCGAAAAUUGAUUCAACAGCGCAUGGAGAAAAUAUCGAGAAGCAUUUAUUCAGUCCUGGAACUAGUGGAAUUGCGCCAAUUUUUAAUAACCCCGUACGUUUCAAAAUUGUCGGCAAAAAGGAAAAUAUUGGACCCACUGUUCCAUGUCCAGUUUGUAGUGUUAAUGUCUCUGAAACACAUAUUAAUAGACAUUUAGACGACUGUUUAAAACGACAGAAUAAUACUUCCGGACCAGUAUCACUUGAACCAAAAUUGAAGCAAAUACCAAAACUCGUUCUUAAUUUAAUGAAAGAUUCUGAAUUACGAAGAAGAUUGAAAGACUUUGGAUGUUCAACUGUUGGCGAUUCAAAAGCAUUAAAAGGACGACUUAAUAGAUUCUACAUUCUUUACAACGCUGAGCGUGACAAAACUGUUCAACGACCAAUUGCGGAAAUUGUUAAACAAUGCGAGGACGAAGAAAAAAUGGAAACGAAGGCCGUACUACCAACUACUGGAAAUGUUCUGACAUUCAGCAAGCCAAUAGUCGUCAAGCCAGUUAAGGGACAAAACGAAAAUUACUGUGAAGCCAACAAAAGCAGUUUUAACAAAUUAAUCGAGCAGGUUAGAAAACGUAAUCCAAGGAAAAAAAAAGUAACAAGUGAAGAAGAAAAAAACGAAUUAUCAUCACUCUAUGAAGAUCUCGUUGCCGAAACAGUAGCAAAUGUAUCAAACGAUUCAGAUUCAGGAACUUCCGGUCAUCAGCAAAGAUAUUCAAAUGACGGACAAACAAUAACUGAAUCUGAUUCGAAUAUAGAAAAUGACAAAAUUAUUAAUUUAGUAGAUGAGGACGAUACAAAUUAUGAGGAGAAAAAUAAUUUACAGGCUGAUAUGCAAUUUUCUUCAUUACUGGAUGACUCAUCGAAUGAUUCAGAAAGUAAUACUGUUUUAAAUCUUUAUGUAAAUAAACAAAUAGCCGCAAAUUUGAAUGAUGAAAUUUCAAAUAAUGUUAGAAGAAAUUUUAUUAAUUCACCGGAGAAAAGUGACAAUUCAGCGAGGAAAAUAUUUAAAAAGCCAAGAAUAUCGAAACCUUGUGUUGAAAAUAAUAUUCAAGAGAUUGAUAGACUUUUAGAGAGUAUUGACAAUGAUGAGGAGUUGAAAGAUAUUUCCUUAAAUAUGACCAGUGAGAGUGUCGAGUCAAAUACAAGUAAGGUUGCUGAGAACGAAGAGAACUUGAAUGAUUCCGAAAUGAAUGAAAAGGAAAUGAAAAUGAAUUUGGAUAUAAGUACAAAGCAAAUUGAAUCAGACAUUAAUAAUGAAGAAGAAUAUGAAUCAGAAAUUGAUAAGAGUUAUGAUGAAAAUUUUUUAAAUAAAAAAGCAUCCGACAAAGAAAAUGAACCGAACAAUGAAGAUGUUGAUAAUGUAUUUCAUAGACCAUUAAGAAAACGUGGUCGUCCACGUAAAUAUUCUCCCAGUGAAGAAAAUACGCCAACAAAAUUAAAUCGUCAUUUAGAAAAUGCUUAUAAUGAAACAGCAAUUUAUCAAGUUGCUCUCGAUGGUUCAAUAGAUGAAGUUGUAUCAUCGCCAGAAAAAAUUUUAAAACGACGAAAAAGAAAAGCCCACAAUAGCACUGAAUCAGAAUCAGAACCAGAAACACCAACAAGAAUUUUGCGUAGACGACAUAUUCAAACACCGACGAAAAAUUAAUUUUUAAAAAUCUUUUUCUAUUUAUCCUAACUUAUUGAAAAAAAAAAAAAUUUCUACGAAACAAGGGGUAAAUAUUCUUUAAAGAGAAAGAAAACUUGACGAACUAUUUUUCGUAUAUUUUUUUUU